GGGAAAAAUGAGAAACCAACCAAUGUGAAGCCACGAAUGGAAGACAUAGCCUCUUUUUCUCCCGAACAAAAGAGUACUUACCUUCUCAAACGCAAAAGGGUUGGAGUGUUAGCAGCAACAAAAUGGAAAGGUAUCCCAAAGUUCAAUAGCCCAACUAUGAAGGCAGAGUUGGUAAGUUUUGCUGCAGAAGUUGCACCACAGUGUGCAAUGCCUGAAGUUGGAUUCAAUGAAGAAGGUAUCAUGAAGCAUGUGCAAGCAUACUUUAAUGAACAAAGAAGAUACAGGAGCCACAAGUCAGAUUCUAAGGGAAAAUGUCGUUUGACAGAAGACUCCAACCUUCCUGAACUUCCAACUGCCAAGUCAGACAGUGCUGGUCAUGACAGUGAUAUGACCUCUAAGUCCAAACGAUUUAAAGCUAGCCAAAAGGUGUGUUGUCAGCGAUCAUUUACAUUGUACUUUUAGCAAAUGUGUUCUAAGAAUUUUCAGGAUCAAUGAAAUUGCAUGGCCAUACUCUUGCCAAGACCAGUGAUCCUUGGCAACUUACUUUUGCCAUGUGGUGACCAGCAAAUCUUAGUUUUUGGACCAAACUUAUGUGGGGUAUUUUCUUAUUAGUGCGCAGCUGAUGUAUAAACUUUAUUUUGUGUGACUUUCUUAAUCUAGGCAGAUGAUUGUUUUUUGUUUCGUUCAUGGUGUGGCUAAUGUUCUUACAUUUCCCACAUGGUAGUGAUACAAACAAUGACCUUGAAGAAACACAGUCUCUAGCAGAGAGUGAUGAGGAUGGAACUGCUUUAUUGGAUACUAGUACUGAGAACUCUGAACUUGAUGAAACCAUCUCAGAAGAUAAGAGUCCUGACAAUGCCAAACCCAGUGUUCCCCAGUUAAAGCAUGCUUCAGCUUCUGGUGUACAGUCUUUAACACUUAAGUCUUCCCAAAUGAUUAUCAAGGCCGUGUUAGGUGAAAACCUUAAUCGUGAAAACAUAAUGAAAGUCUUAAAGAAUAAAUUUUCUGUGAAACCUCAUUCCCUAACAUCUUUGACAGUUACACAACUAAUGGAAGUAAUUGCCAAAAAACUAUUAAACCAUAAAUAUUGUCACAUCAGCCUUGGGGUCAAUCCAAGUAACAUGAAAAUGGAUGAUAUUAUUGUUUAUAAAAAAAUUUCGCUUUGAUUAAGAACGGCAGUAUCAUGUAGCCCAGCUGUAGUGUUCAGUUUACACUUUGCAAUACCAGUAAGUAUAACUAAAUGGUUUAAUAAAAUGUUGCUGUUAACAAUGAUAUUGUUGUACCUUAAUUUUGUGAUUUUAUUAUUAACCAAUAUUAUAUUGCAAGAUACAUGUGCUUGAAUUUAUUGAUCACAACUCAUACAAUCAUAAAGCAGUGAUAUAUCGGUUAGAAAUUUACAAUUUUUCACUUCUGGGAUAGAAGUGGACCAAGUUACUUUGGGAGUGAACUGAUUCAGUAAAAACCCAUAUUUCAGUUGUGCCAGGUUUAACUUAAAAGAUGCGGUUUACGUGGCCCAUAUUAAUCCCAUUGAUGGGAUUUUUCAACCCAGAUUUACCCCAAAAAUGUGAUUUCAUUGUUCCAGUUAAAUACCAAUGUUGGAAUAAAAGUGGCCCUAUUAUAAGCCAAUAUUUGGGAUAUAAGUGCUCUAUUAUAACCCAAUAUUUGAGAUAAAAGUGUCCCUAUUAUAACCCAAUAUUUGGGAUAAAAGUGGCAUUAUUAUAACCCAAUAUUUGGGAUAAAAGUGACCCUAUUUUAACCCAAUGUUUUUGAUAAAAGUGGCCCAGUAUUAUCCCACUAUUGGGAUUUGACUGGAACAAUAAAAUCACGUUAUUGGAAUUUAUGUGGGUUGACAAAAUCUCAUUGAUGGGAUAAAUGUGGGUCAGGUAAAGCCCGUUCUUUGGGUUAAAGCUGGCACAAUAUACAUGUAAUCCCAAUACGGGGCUUUUAUUGGGUUUAAUUCAACUCAAUCUUGGUUCUGGUAGCUUUUUCCCAAACUGGGAAAUAACAAUAAAAUAACAAUAAAACCCCACAAGUUUCCCCCUUUUUUCCCAGUUUGGGAACUGCAAAAAGUUUCCUGUGACUCAGUCCUAUUACCAUUAUUAAUCAUAACAAUUACAAUUUCCUCAAACGUGAUUGGUGCACAAACUCCUCUAUUUUGCUCUAAUUAAUCCGAAAAGUUGUAAUCGGACAGUGUAAUCAAACAGUUGGCUGUAGUCGGACACCUGUAAUCGGACAGUUGCAUGAGCCAAUCACUUUGUCCUCCCCAAUAAA